GCCCUUCCCCGCUGCCAGCCUCUCCCCGCCGGGCGGCGGCAGCGCCAUGGGCUGCUUCUUCUCCCGCCGCAGGAAGCCGGCCCAGGGCGGCCAGCAGCAGCCGCAGGGAGCCGGGCAGGAUGCGGCGGCCGGCGAGCAGACAGCACCGCAGUACAGCUGGGACCUGCGAGCCAAGAUUGACCCCAAAGAUUACACUUUCUCCGGACUUAAAAAUGAAACUGUGGGUCGACUGCCUGGAAAAGUAGCAGGGCAACAAUUUGUCAUCCAGGACUGCGAGGACUGUAAAAUCUACAUAUUUGACCAUUCUGCUACAAUCACGAUUGAUGACUGUGUCAAUUGCCAAAUCUUUUUAGGACCAGUAAAAGGCAGCGUGUUUUUCCGUGACUGCAAAGAUUGUAAAUGUGUGGUUGCCUGCCAGCAGUUCCGCACACGGGACUGCAGAAAGCUGGAGGUGUUCUUGUGCUGUGCCACCCAGCCCAUUAUUGAGUCCUCCACAGGUAUGAAAUUUGGAUGUUUCCAGUACUAUUAUCCCGAGCUUGCUUUACAAUUCAAAGAUGCUGGUCUGAGUAUCUUCAAUAACAUAUGGAGCGACAUCCAUGACUUCACCCCUGGAGAAAAUAACUGGGGCCUUUUGCCUGAAACUGCUGUAGUUGAAGAUUAUGUUCCUCUGCCCAACUCUGAGGAGCUGAAAGCUGUCAGGGUUUCCAAUGAUGCUGCAAAGAGCAUAAUACCGAUCACUCGAGGGCAGAGACAGAAAAACAGCGAUGAAUCGUGUUUGACAGUGUUUUUUGCUGGUGACUACACAACUGCAAAUGCCAGGAAGUUAAUUGAUGAGAUGACUAGUAAAGGCUUUCAACUGGUACAGACUAAAGAAGUCUUAAUGAAGGCAGAGGAUGCUCACAGAGUUUUCCAGCAAAGUGCAUUAGAAUUCAUUCCACUGCUGGAAAAAGGUCCAGUGGUUGCUUUGGAAUUCAAUGGAGAUGGUGCUGUAGAACAAUGUCAAAGCACUAUAAAUGAAGUUUUUAGUGGGACCAAGGUUUUUGUAUCGGAAGGCAAAGCUUCAGCAUCUCAAGAUGUAGACAAUUUCUACAAUUUUGCUGAGAUGCAGAUGGGAAUGUGAAGUUCAGCAUGAAGGUGCUCACAUACGGUUUGUCUCAGCACUUGGAUGUCACUUGGCUUGAAUAUGGCAGCAGUUUUGUCGUUUAGUUUUGUAUUUCUCAUAUAUCCCUUUUAUAAAUCCACUGGUGUUUUUUAAUACCACGUUAUCUGAACUGGAGUAAACUGCAUAGAUAGCCAUGUGCAUUGUGUUUGAAACUUACGUUUAACUUCAAAAACAAUUGAGCUUUUCUACUAACUUUUUUACAGUGAUUUCUAAAGAUCUGUUGACACUUGAAUGUUUCUAAUGGUUAUGCAUAGUUUCAAAGUGCAAUGCUGAUCCAAGUUUGCAGUAGUAAUUGUUGUAUUUCACUCAGACGUAUAUUUAGAAAGUGUAUUUAUGUGAAACUUGCCCUUCCAAAUCUUCCCACAUGUAUAUUUGUCUUCACUGGGGGUCCAGGAAGGAAGCUAUAGUCGUUGACUUUUUCUGAAAACUUAGUCUGAAAUGAAUUUUCCUUGUAGCUUGCUUUCAAAAGCAGCUUGUGACUUACUCUGCGUCAGCACACUUUUUGAAUAAAGUUGUUUGCAGCAGCAUUUAUGGUAAGAGCUGUCAUAACAGCAUUCUGGUAAGCGAGCACUUGCCAGGCUUUUCUGCUUUGAGGUGAAUCCUGAGCAUGAGUGCUCUGCUGAAACUACUCUAAGGUCUGCUCAGAUUCUUUGGCGAUACAGCUGUCUCGAGCAUUGCCAGCUCACACAUGGGGAGAUUUCUUUGCACUUGGAACAAAAAACCUCUGGCAUAUUGUUGUUUGCUAGAAGGGACAUAGCCAGUAGUCAGAGAAGGACUUUGAUGGCAUUAAAAACCCCUUCUUCCUUCCUAGACCCCAGGAGAAGGCCUUUACAUGCAGAAGUAAUAAAGAAAGUGCUGUAAAGUGCUACACACUGCCAUAGGAUGUAUUUUUUAUUAAUUCCAAAGACAAACUGAAUAAAUGCAACUAGCAUUUUGUGAGAUGCAUUUGAAUAGUGUUCAGUAAUAAUGCUUAUUGCUAAAUAAUGCAGACUAGAAUGAAAAUUGACAUGGGUAUUAGAUACAUGAUUGAUUUAUUUUUGCAUAUUGCAUCCUUACUGAUUUUUCUACUUGAACUUAAAGCUGAAGUCCAGGUUUACAAGUCCUCUGUAAUACUUGGACCAACUGUGCACACAGACACACAAAACCAAAUUUCAUAAUUAAAACAUGGCUUGCCAGUUUGCAUAGCCUUUACAAUUCAUUGAAUGGAUUAGGCAUGUGUUGAGGUGCUAAAGCAAUUUCCUCAUUAUGGUCAUCCAUCAAAAGGGAAGAUCUUGCAAAUCUUAACUGAAAAUGAGUCUUGACUCAUCAGUUUCACGGCUCUGGAGCUCCAAAGUGGGUGGCUAAAAACACAUCUCUAAUUUUUUUUGACUUAGCACAUGAAAGAAUCUCUUCUUCUGAAAUUCAUAAUUCUGUAAUGCCCAAGAGAAGUUCUAAACUGUCUUUUUGUUGCUACUGGGCGAAUGCUUGCCAUUAGUUUAAACUAGAGAAUAUGUUCUUAGGACCUCUUGUUAUAGUUAUGCAUAGAUUAAAUAAGGAAGAAUAUCUCCUGGAUUAAAAAAAACCCUUUUGGUGUACUGGAGGCAAGAAAAUUGCUACUUCUUUGGAAUGUUUUUAUUUGACAAAGUGAAAGAAAAUCAACUGGUAGCAGAAACUACCACUUGCUAGCACUUAGCCAGCAAGGUUUUUUAUUUUUUUUAAUUAUAUAUAUAUUUUUUUUUGUAAGUGUGAGGUGAGGCUGUAAAAAGAAUUAAAAUUUUUAUCUUGCUCUCCAAAGUACUAGCACAACUCAUCAGUCAACAUUUACAGGAAUUAAUCUAGACAUGUACAGUAAGUGUAUUAUUUUGGUAUGGACAGUACAUUGAAAUGGUAUAAUGUACUUCAGAGCCAUCAUUGUGUGACAUGUAUCAGCAGUACAUAUACCAGACUACCUUGGUCUCUAAACUUUUACAUAUAAUAUUUCCAAAGUUACAUGCUGACACUUCAUUAUGUGUAUGUUUAUAGCUUAUUUUUUGUAUCAUCAACCUGCUCUGGAAACAAAGUGCUAAAUGGACUUUUGUCGCUCCUUUUGCUGGAGGACAGGAUUAUUAAUUGAAAAUUAAUCUAGGCUUGAAACAGUGAAAUAACUUUUCUACAUGCUGGGAAAGAGCAGUGUUGGUUUUUUUUUUUUUUUUUUUUUUUUUUUAACAUGGAUGGUGUGUUUACCGACAUCAAGAAUUUUUAAUUAAAAAAUCCCUAAAUAAUGAAGGAGCUUCUCAAUCCAAUUAUUUAUCUAUCUUUUGAUUUCCAUUUCUUGCUAACAGGUGUUAAGAGCACUUCUAGCUUAAGAGUCAGGAGUUCUUUGCAUUACAGAAUGGUACGUGUUUCAUGUGUUCUGUGUACAUUUCUUGUGUAGCUUUUAAUGUAAUUUGUAUUACACAGUGAAUGUGAUUCAUAAUAAACAUUUGAAAUAUUUGAA